GGUCUGUCUUUCUGUCAGCCCUUCUCUCUGCCUGCCUGUCUGCCUGCCUGUCUGUCUGUCUCUGUCUGCCUGCCUGAAUGUCUGCCUGCCUGUCUGUCUGCCCAUCUAAAUUAGACGUAUUAUUGGCCCUUUACAGCUCAACAGCUCAUAGACAAUUUGAGGGCAAGCUACUGUUAAUGGAUACAUUUCCUGUAUCAGCGAGUUACUAUGCGGGAUAGUCAUUUUGUAGGCCUUAUGAUGGAGGAAGUCUUGGUGAUCAUAGAGUCUGGAUAAACAAUAACUGGAUUUGCAUUUUAGUCACUGCUAAUAUUGGCAAAUUGACCUAUUUACCAUUAAGUCGGCUUCAAGGAAGCAGCAAUAUAACACAACUUCAGGAAGGAGAAUAGGCACUAGGCAGGGACCCCAGUCACCUACACAACAGCCUGAACUCCUUAAGGCGAAGAUCCAACAACGUGCUCUUUAGGUUUCUUAAGGAGUUUGAUUGAUUCAUUAACAAGAUUCAUUAACACCUCUCUCAUUGACAGGGUGUUUUUUUUUUUAUUAUUGCAACAUUUUCUGUGAACUCUGUGAACUUGUACACAAAAAUAUCUGUUUCUGAAAUGCUGGAAGCAGCAUGUUUGGCAUCGGCGGUUGUACCAGUUUGGGAAUUGCUUAGAUGCAUAUUUCCCAUUCUUAAACUUUGCCAAACAGUAACCGGACCUCUUGACCCUUUCUGUGUGCUUUAUGUAUUGAGCAAAUGUGCCUGCUUUUCUGCUUAUGUGUUUAUGUGAAUAAAGCAGUUAUCACUUCGAAUUAAGGAUUUGUACACUGAUAGUAUUAUUGACUGAGCUAAAACCUUUGGAAUACAAAGUUUUAUAGAUACAGUGAUGUGUCUGUUGCCAGUAUAGAAGCAGAUUUAUGUAGAUGGUGUUGAUAUUUAUUAUUAACUUUGCACUGGGGUGAUGCAUUUGUAACCUACAUAGUUUUCUAAUGACCUGUCUGGCAGAUGGCAUAUUUGUCUGGAAUAAGAAAACUGUAGUUUACAUUUAGAGAUUUUUCACAAGGGAACAGAUGGGUUGAGGUCAUAGAGCCUUACACCCGCCCUAAACUGGAAUGGGAUUGGAAAGUUCACUACUUUUUUGUUUACAUGCUAAAAGUGCAUCUGUCUGUCAUUCAUAUCCCUCUAUGCUGCCCUCAGCAGGCUACAGAGCAUAGAACAGAGUAAACCUGUUUUAAGUGUAAAAACACAAUGUUGUAACUGUCACCAUUCUGUUAGAAUUUGUGUUUGGCAGCUGUUUAACCUUAAUCUUUUUUGCUCUUGAAUGGAAAUGACAAUUUAGAUGAUAUAUACAAACAAGAUUUUUGGCUUUAAUAUGAUAGAUAUUUUUUUUUAUAUAUUUCAUUGAAGAAAAUACCAGACUUCUUGUUCUUUUGAUUUGAGGGUGAAUGUUAUAAUUUUACCAGCUGUACCAUAAUCUUAGUACAUUUUUCUUUAUAAUCGUGCAAAUUGCACACACUGAAAAAAUUCCUGAAACUCCUGAAGCAUUUGUCAUUUUUCUAACUUGGAAAACUUUGAGUCAGGCAGGCCAGAAUGUAAUGCUAACCUCUUCCUCUAUAAUCUGUUGUCUAAUUUCAGCUUCCUUGCAGAUCAAAAGAUUGUCACUGACUUUGUUCAUAGCACAGAUAAUUUUUCCUUUCUGAAACACGCCCUGAUCAUCUUGCCUCAUUGACUUGGCAAAGAAUAGACCUUCAGUUAGUUACUGCCGGAGUCGGCGUAGAAUCGGGAUCUCUGAUGACUCUCUUGUUCUCAGUGCUGUUGUGAUGUUGAGUAUCAUGGGAAAAUUGAAAAGACUUUCAUCUGGGACUCCCAGAAUGUGAAUGUGUGGAAGUCUUUCGGUUUGAUCAGGCUGAAUUUGAUUUCAGAGCUGUGGCUGGAUCCUCUACUUCACUAUCUAUGCUUUGCCUAUUUCGUUUACAAUAUAGAACCAAUAAAAUGGCUUUCAAAUAGCUUUGGCACAGCACAUUUGGGAUGGCACAGAUGCCUCUUUCUGCUUGUAAUAUCCCCUUAUCAUUGAAAUAGGAGAUUUAAGGAAAGCAGACAUGUUUCAAAUGUAGGAUUUAGUUGCUCACUGUCUCAGGUUUAUUUGAGUCACAUGUUGAUUGACAGGAAUUGAAUAAGGCAAAAAGAUGCACAGUGCCACUAUUGUUCCUCCACCACGUGCUAUCAUGAGUCUGGCCUCCCUUAGGGCCAUUUUCAGGCUAUAAACAUUCAUUUUUGAUAUUGGGAUUUUCAUUUGAUUUCUCGUUUUUGGAUUGUGUUCUGUUUGUUCCCUGUGAGCAUCUGUUCAGCUUGGGGCAGGAUGUUUACUUUAUGUUUUUAUCGUAUUUGAGGUAAUGACUGCUAAUUGCCUGUCUUAAUGAGCGCUGGUCGCAUAGUCCUGCCCGCCAGCCUCUCGCUGGCUGCCACUUCAGUGUAGCGGGUCCAGCGAGACACUAUGGAGCUUCUAGGAGCCUUUUAUCGGAGAAAAUUCCGAAGGAAACAAAAGAGUUUGGAUCUGUCAGAGGGGGCACUAUGCAAGUCUCCCUCCGAGAGCAGCGUCAACAGCCUGGCCACCGGGCUGAUCUCAAAGGUCCUGCGGAUGACGGCAAGACAGAGUGGGUCGACUUCUAGACCCCAUUCCUGGCAUUCGACCAAACUUGGGGAGGGUCAGCAGGACCCCAGCAUGAUGCAGAUAUCACAGAGCAGCGUGGCUGCACCUUGGCACCAUAGCUACCACUCCAGCCUCUCCACCACCGACCUCUCAAGCUAUGAUGCUGGCUUCCUCAGGAAAAGUCCAGACCAGUACAGCUCACGAGGCAGUAUGGAGAGUUUGGAUCAUGGCCACCCAGCUUAUAGCUCCUGUCAUCAACUGUCCUCCUCCAAGUCCUCCAACAGCAUUGACCACCUGCACAACAAGAGGGACUCUGCCUACAGUUCCUUCUCCAACAGCUCCAGCAUUCCUGAGUACCCUCCGUCUGGUCCCUCCUUCAGCAAGGAGCGCUCCUAUUCUAUGGAUAGUAUGCUAUCACAGCGUGGGCCUGAAGGUGUGCGACAGGCAGACAUGCGCUACGUCCGCACGGUCUACGAUCCCCAGCAGGGUAUUUCAGAGGAGCAUCAGGUCAGUUCUGCUAAGGUGCUACGCAACAAUGAGGGCAGGACGCACGCUGACGUCCGGGGAGGAAUGACGGGUGCGUCGGCAAACCAUGCGUUAUGGGGUCAGACACAUGGCCGGAACUCCUGUGAGAGCCUGAAAGGGGGACCACCACCUCCACUUCGCAGUGAUAGCUAUGCUGCCAUCAAAAACCACGAACGGCCGAACUCGUGGUCUAGCCUAGAGCAGACUCGAUCUUUAAGGGCUUCACAGAAGGGCUUCUGGCAUCAGAACAGUGCCUCGUUCCCCUUGGUGAAGACAUUCGCGACAGACGGGCAGCUACACACAGUAGUAGAAAAGAGCCCCGAGAGCAGUCCCACAACGAAGCCCAGGCAGAACUUCCCUCAGACUUCACAGACCGGGCACCCAAUGCUGCCUACGGGCAUCUAUCCUGUGCCGCAACCGGAGCCACAUUAUGCCCAGGUGCCCAGCUGCUGCCCGAACUCAGGCGGUAUGUGCCCUGCAUUAGCUAAGGAGAGCGUGUGUUCCUCCUACAGAGACCAGGAGAGGGAACUCAAUACAGAUCAGUCAAAAACGGAGAAAGAAUGCCAAAGUCAAGCCUCUUCCACUGCCAGCCAACCCACCAAUGCUGCUACUAAACCCAAACCACCCAUGCACCAUGACAGAAGAAGGCCUGACGAUUCUGACACCAAAUGCAGUCACUAUAGACCUCAUUUUAAGACCGGUGUAGAUGGGUAUGGCAUAUCCCAAAACCAAGAGGAUGGUUACAGGCACGUAUCACAGAACCUGAAUCAGGAGAGGAGAGAUCCAUACACUAGAGUUAAACCAAGGGAAGAGAAGCAGAGACCCUCACAGGGCUCUGAGGUAUGCGCACAGACAAGGGAGAAAGAGGAAAUCCAGGCAAAUACCUGGAACCAUCCACUAGAGAUCACUCACCUUCAAAACAAACCAUUAUCUACUGUGGCCCAAGAUGAAUUUAAUUGCACUCAGGAAAUGUAUGGAAGACCCAGAGAUAUUAGUGUUCCAGCCUCCCAUAGCAGCAGAGGUGACACUGCUCACAGCCAGAAAAACAACAGUAUGAGGCGAGUUUUACCUAGACAGAGCAGCGAUUCUUCAUUGCAGAAGCAAAAGCAGCAGGACCAUCCACUGACCAAGUUGGAGAAUGCCCUGAUCCAGGUCCAGAAUUCAGCAGGUUCAGAAGCCUUUGUGGGCCAGUGUAGCACUCGGAGUGAGAAGGACGAGAGCGACGCCGUGCACCUCUCAGUCCUGGAGAAGGUGAGCCGGUUUGAGCGGGAGCAAAAGAGGUUAUAUAGCCACAGUGACGUCCUUCCUAACAAGAGGGCAGAGCCAAGGGGAAGCUCCAGCCACAGCAGAACACAGAGCUGGAGUGUGGAAAGGAAAGACAUUGUGCAGCUGGAGGACAAUAAAGAACCCCAACAAUACCCAACACGACAUCGGAUGUGUGGAAAUCAAGAGCCCCCAACUAGAAAUCCACACAACAAACCCAUGGUGAUCCAACGAAGCAAGAGCACUUUUCAGUUGGGUGGAAAUAAUGAAAAGGAAUUCCACUGGAAAGAAGACCUUGAGGAAAUCCUAGGUACUAUUCAGGACGUGUCCUACAACAGGACCUAUCGAGAUAGCAUCAAAGAUGCACAGUCAAAGGUUCUAAGAUCAACUUCUUUCAGACGACGAGAUCUUAGUGCCAAGCCUGUUCCCAAUAAGCACUUAUCCCUAGAGAGGAAGGUUCCAAAGACAAGUCCGAAGCCUUGCGUAGCUUCUCUGCACACGCCAAAAGAAAGGCAUGUUGUUACACCUGAGGUACAGAAAAGCGCUCCACCCCCUCUUCCGAGUCGGCCGGCCGUUGGGUUCCCCAUUACUCGAAUUGGUGGCCGCAAACGCCUCACUGCAGAGCAAAAGAAGCGCUCUUACUCCGAGCCAGAGAACAUGCAUGAAGUAGGAUUGUCACGAGGCGAGGACUCGCAGAAAAGGACUGCUCAGCAAUUUUUCAUACCUGAGACCAGUGUAGCAGACAGGUGCAAACUUUUUGAAAUGGCAGCUACGAAAAGCACAGGCCCCAGCCUCAGUAUAGCCCAUUCUGAGCUUAAACAGAUACAACAGGAUGCCUUGGCUGAGUACAUGGAACGCAAGACCGGUCGACGGUCAUCUUUGCAAAAUCGCCCCACCAGUGCGUACAUGCAGGCCCCCUGCCCUGAUUCCACGAGUGUAUGUGCAUCUGGUUUUCUGUUCAGUCAGGAGCAAGGUUUCCAUUUUACUACAAUUUCUGACAGUCAGAAAGGGACGAACCAUAUGAUGUACGCCAUUCCCUCCAAUCUAAAGCGCACCGUGCACCCAAAUGUAGACUCGUCUGAAAUGGCAUAUCUGGAAUCCUGCAGUAAUAAUCCAACGUCCUUCCACAAGGACAAAGAUCCUCUAAAACAACCUUUUAGUGACGAGAGGGAGCUACAUAAGCCUGGUCGCGUUGCUUCUUCUGUGCCUGUCCAGAAUCAGUUACAUUUGCAGAACCAGGAAGAAACCUUUGAGAGGGUUGCACCCCCAAGGAAUUCUGGGAAGUCUGCCUCAGCGGAGGACUUGUUACGUUGCCCUGAGGAAGAGAGGGCGGUUCCUCAACACUACAGGUCUCGGUCUUCGCCCUCUAUGGAGAAGCAUUAUAAGGAUUUAACUGGAGCGGAUCACGCAGCGUUUGGGGUCACCUCAAGGCAUCCUUUGUUUCUUAAUCCAAGUGAUAGCAGACCCGUGAAGGAUGUAGACCAGAAGCAGACUGCGGUCCCCCUGGACGGAGAUAAGAGGUCCUUGCUCAGAGUGGGUCUGUCCCCACCCAGCGCCCUGGCCGUACACGGCGAGAAGCCGAAGCCCACGGAGCGGCACAGGGUGCUGAGUGCCGCCGGCCUGGCAGCCUCCGUUGGCCUGCCCUGCUCCUUCGCUCCCCCACCCCGCACUGCUAAGCUGAACUGGCAAACUGAUAAGAGCCCAUGCCAGGCUACUCUGGAUACCUUUGCACGCAAUACAUUCCCCUUCCUAGGGCAGGAUGGUAAGCCCAGUGCUGAGAGCCAGGCUGCUUUGGCAGCUUUGACAAGCUCCUCAGACACCAGCGUUCCUCAGGAAGCAUCAGAGGAGGAGCCCAGCUCAAAGAUUCCUGCCGUGCCAAAUACACCCAGUGCAAUGGGUGCCGCCGCACUGCAGAACCUCCUUGCUGGUGUAUCCUGCAGCACCUCGUCUGAGUUAGAGAGCCCCCCCGCAACACAGCCACAGCCCCUCCUCUCCCUGUGCAUUUCUGAGUCGAACCUCCAAGCGUCCCCACCCUCCUUGUCCUUCAAGGAUGUCGUCGUCGAUGAUGAUGUGUUUCUCGAGGAACACAUCUGGCCUUCUCGCCGUACACCCUCCAUUCAGGACACGGACAUCAAAGAGGGCGUUCCUCCACCAAUCCCUGCGUAUCCACCUGCAGGGGAUGGGUUAGGUAUUAACACCAUCAACAGAAGAUCGGUUGACAGGGACCUGGCUGAAUACCAUCCCUUCCUCCCUGCCCAAGCUGAGAACACAGAUUCCCCAUCCAAGGCCAUCUUACGAAGUCCAAGCGUGGACGGGGAGACCCGUGUCGCUGCGGAGAGGCAGAACAGCAUCGAUGAGCAGGAGGCGCUGCAGGAGAACCCAGUGCUGUGCAGGAGGGAGCGCUCGGCCGAGGAGGUGCGGGUGGAGGCCCUGGCACAGAUGUUACUGUCUAAAGACAAAUCCCUGACUCCCGUCCUGGGCACAUGGGCAGUGAAAAAUACUAUGGACUUGAUGGAGGAUAUCUUCCCCACACUAACCCCACCAUUACGGCCAGAGAAGACAAGUGCACAGAUGGAGGAUAGAGAAAAAAUUUUGUGUUUGACCCUAAACAGAAAGCAAGAGCCUGACAAGGAUCUACAGAAUAAACCCAGAGGGAUGGAGACAGAUCUGGAUAAGGAAGAAGAAAAUCUAAAGCAAAAAAAGACGGAGCUGGUGGAGGCCCUUACUGUCAACAUAGCAGCUCUGCGGGAGGAGAAGGCAGGCCUGGCGGAGGAGCAGAGGAAAUUCAGUGCACUGGAGGGUCACCUAGAAGCCCUGAUACAGGAGUGCUGUAAGCCCAGUGAGCAGGACAAGUACCACAUGUUUGUCGGCGACUUGGACAAGAUCGUCAACCUGCUGCUGUCACUGUGCAGCCGGCUGGUGCGUGUGGAGAACUCGCUCAGGGGCCUGGAGGAUGAGGAUGCGGAAGAUAACGUCAAGGAGAAGGAGAGCCUUCAGCUGAAACAGCGCCAGCUGCGGGCUCAGCACCAGGACGCCCGUGAGCUCAAGGAGAACCUGGACCGGCGGGAGCGCGUGGUGUUCGAGAUCCUGGCCGGUCACUUCGGCAGACAGCAGCUAUGUGACUACCAGCGUUUCGUUCAGAUGAAGCCGGCGCUGCUGAUAAGGCAGAGGUGCCUGGAUGACCUUAUCAGAGAGGCGGAAGAGCAGCUGCAGAGCGUGACAGAGAGACUACUGUCUGAGGGUCACGUCCCCAUCCAGGAAGGGGGGGUCACCUCUGCCGCUGUGUCUUCUUCUGCACGUACCCCUACAGUCACCUCACUCUGACCCCUACUGGCUGUGCCUCACCAUUACACCCCCUGCCGUCACCACUGCUGAACUGCUUUUAACGUUAACCUGAAAAAACAGAACUUUUCCACCUGUCACCUAAUUUUUCCAUUGAAAACAUAUUUAGAAAUUAUUGAACAAGCCACUACAUGUGUCAAAGCCUGUUUGUGUACCAGUUCUAGCUUUAGUUGUUUAUCAUCUUGAAUAUUUGUUUAUGCUUGAAUGCACUGCUCAGUUAAAGCUUAUGCUCAAUAAAAAAAGUUUAUUUUUGCAGAUGUAGGGGUUACUUGAUUAUCUACUGUAAAAAAGUUAAUACCAUUAAAAGCUAUGCAGGAAUUUAUCUGGAAUUACUUGUCAGGAUUUAUGAUAUACAACAAAAUUAUGAACUUAUGGCAAAAGAACCCCUGUUAAUCAGAUUGAUAAAUUUGAAAAAUCA